AGAAGAAGAAACCUCAACAAAGAAGAAGAAGAAGCUCCACCUUGGCGCAUGCUGUACUUCCGCACCGUAAAAUGAGCAGAAAGCUGUAAAAGUCGCAGUUUUCCACAAGUUACCAAAAGACGUAAAACAAGAUGUCGGAUUCAGACUCGGAGUCUGAGUGUGGUUGGCAGUGGGAAGAGAAAUGUUUCACCUAUCCAUCUACUUGCCAGUCUAAACUUGCAAGUCUUCAUCCUUCAGAGGAUGUUGGUGAGAACUGGAGCCAGAUUCCUCUUGCUAUCAAGAAGGAGGCUGGAAAGUUGAUGAAAAUGAAGGAAUUCUGGAAACCCAUUCUGCUGCAUCCUGUAGAGACCAACUUUACGACUUGCUGGGCUGUGCUCCUCGGCCUCAUUGACUCUGUAUACAGUGAAGACAUAAGUCUGAAGAACUUGCACAAGAUCGAAAUAUUGGAAGGAAUUCUCAGAGCCUUGGAGAAAGGAUGUUUGAAAAAGGAUCAAACCAGGCAUGUCUUCUGGUUAAACAACAAGUUUAACUUGCGUUCUGCAGAGGUUUUCGAGGACGCCCUGUAUUGGCUGGAGCGGUCAGGAGAACCUGGUAUCUGCAGUCGCGUCCUGGAGCUUGGCCAUGCGCAGACUUGUUGUAAAGCUCUACACCUUCCCUUCAAUGAGUAUGCUCGGUUCAUUCAGGUGAUGGCCACCGACACGAAGAACCACAUGAAGUACCUCCAAGCUGAACCACCUGACUGGCUGAAACAGAAAAGUGAAGAGAUGAAAAAGAAAGGAAACGAGAGCUUUCAGAAGAAUCAGUACGACGACGCUGUGAAGUAUUACUCCAAAGCCAUCAGCUGUUACCCUGAAAACCACGUGGUGUACGGAAACCGAGCGCUGUGUUACAUCCGCAGCAAGAAAUACCUAAAAGCUGUUGGUGAUGGGAAGCGUGCUACUCUGAUAGAUCCCUUCUGGGCCAAGGGCCAUUACCGUUACUGUGAGGCGCUGUUCUUCCUGGGAGAGGUUAAAAUGGCCAUUGACGCCAACGUUUUAGCCCAGCGCCUCUGCAAGGACGACCACAUAGGAAUCAAAGACCUGGAACAACAGCACCAGAAAUUCAUUGCUGAAGUGACUGAAACCAAAAAAGGUGCGCAUUUGAAGAAACGACACAGUAAAGGGUUUGGUGGUACCAGUGGAGCAGAGUUGCACCAACAACCUGAGAAAGCUGCCAAGCCUGAGCGAGCAGCUGGUCCGGCUCAACAGUCUAAGGUCUUUGAUGCAAAAACAGACAAGCACGUCCAACCAGGAAAACCUGAAAAGAUCGUACACACAGACGUCAACACAAAAGACUCCACAACAACAAAAAGUGAGCUUUCUUCAAAGAGUGGGAAAGGACAGUCCAGCACCACUGCAAAAAGAAUGCAAACAAGGGAGCAGCCGAAGGACAGUUCUCAAAAACUGACUGUGUGUAAAGAGCUGAGGUCAUUAGUGCAGGACGCCCACACAGCUCUGGCUGACCUACGCAGCCGUAAUGCUGAGCAGGCCUUCAGCCAGGCUCUGGCCUUACUGGAAACCCACAACUCCAAGGAACUCGGAAUUUCCACAGUUGACGUGGUGCUGCUGCGUUACGGCCGUGCGUCUGCCCUGACGGAAAUUGGCCAGCCUGAGGAACUGGAUGAAGCGUUGAAGCUGCUGGAGUCCAUUAAGAGCUUUGAGGAGAGGACGUUUCAGUGUCUGGUGUUCUAUGCCAUUGGAAAGGUGCAUUUUAAAGAGAACAGGUUUGCUGUUGCCCUCAGACAGUUUUCAGAUUCCCUGCAGAUGGUCAAGAAUCAAAUAAUACCGGGUAAACUCACCUGGCCUCUAACUAAAGAUGUUGUUAAAGAGACUCAACUGGACUAUUUCAAGGGUGUUCUGAAAGAUGCCAUAGAAAUGUGUAAAUUCCCUCCUUUGCCUGAUGCCAUCUGUCGUUUGGGCAGAUGUCUUAGUCCACACAAAGCUGAAAUCUUCUUCAAUGACCCUGAUUUUAAGGGCUUCAUUCGAAUGUGCUGCUGUCAGAGGUGCAUCGUAGAAUACCACAUUUCCUGUUGGAAAACCCUGAAGACCUCGUUCCCUGAAAAAAAUGAAAAGGAUUUUCUAGAAGAACCCUGCUUCACUCCGGAUUGUGUCGGUCAAAUUUGUAGCAUUAAAAUAUUUGGUUCAACGGGCCUGGUGAAAUGUCAGUUUGACACCAAGAUUAUUAAACCACAAACAUCAAAGAAGGUUCGAGUCACUCAGAAAUGUACAAGUCUGAAGAACUUAAAAUUAAAAGAAGAACGCAAACUGAGAAGAAAGCAGCAAAAGAAAUCCUAUCAACUUCAACAAUCUCUCAGCGGCAAUAACCUGCUGGAGACGAAGGACUCAGAGAUGCAGAGUUGUCAAAAAGCCUGGUUGGUGUACAGGGAUCCGGUUCUUCAUCAGAUUAGCCAGAACAUGGAGCUGCUGAGGGAUGAAGAGCACCUCCUUGUGUCAGAGCUGUGCAGCACACUGAAGCCCUGGCUGGAGCUGGAUGCGUCUCGGGGGAGCCAGCUUGCUGAGAGGCUUUUGAACCAGGAGCAGGGACACACGCUGGUCCAGGUCCUUGAACUGCUGCUGGAGAGGAAGAACCGUGUCUGGGGGCGUGUCUUCAUUCAUACUAUAAGUCAUUACCCGGAUAUAAAUCCCAAACUCUGCAAGUGGGCAUGUCAGCUCGACAGCGCAGGCCUGAAUGCUGCCAGCAGGUUCAUGGAGCGUCACACAGAACACUUGGAGCAGCUGGACCUGGAGCUGGUCUUCCACUUUGGCCCCCUGCAGGAGAUGAUUAUAGAAAAAUUGGGAACCCCGGUGGAGUUAUUUCCCAGUCUUGGGCUGACUGUGACUGAAUACUUCAAACAAGCGCCAGCUCAGGAUAUGAGACUCUUUAUCUGGACUCUGGAGGAGCACAGGGAUCAUUACGUCUCGUGCCACCCCAUACUGGAUGAGUAUUUUGAUAUUAUGGAUGGUCAUUGUUCAGUUUUAAAAAAGUCUGAUGAUAAUCUAAAUAACUCUCCCAUGAAGACAAAGAACAGAGGCCGCAAAAAGAAAGGCAGGGAGGCUAAGGGUGUCGUGGUUUGGACGGGUAUGAGAAAUGUAACUCCCAGAGAAGAAUGGGACCAAGACUUUUUAGAGGAGGACGGCUCUUUAUCGUUUCUACACCCCACUGACCCCUUCAUGGUACCGAGCCACCUCCGAGAGCAGGUGGCUGAUUUUGAGCAGCAGUAUAGUAGUACCAGUCAGAGAAGUCACAAUAAGAACUUUUUGGACAACAACCCUGACCCCACCAAGGAGAGUUUGUAUGACUAUUUUGCCCAGAUCUUAAAGGAGCAUGGUCCCCUGGAUGCUCUGGACCCCCUGCUGGUUGGUGAGCUUGAAAAUUUCCCUGAAGUUGCUCAGCUGAAGAUCCAGGAGUCUGGCGGCUUUGAGCGCUUCCUGCUGGAGUCUCUUCGUUUCAUAAAGAUGGGAAGCGUCAUCGGCCUGGCUGAGCAUGCCGUUUCUCUGCAGCAGGCUGUCCGCGGAACUGGCCUAGAAGACUCUCUAGCUCACUCUCCAGCCCUGAGUUUGGAUGAAGGUCAUGAACCUGCUUUCACAAGCUACACGCAGGACUAUUUGCUGGCACCGUCUCAGCUCGGCCUCUUUCUCCCCAACCCGUACGGUUUUGGCUGCCCGCCCGAGCAGCCGCUCAGCAGCGUUCCUGGCUGCAGCGCUGACGGCACCUUUAGUGCAGGUCAGCAGUAUGACCUUUGCACUGGGGCUGUAGAUUACAGUGAGCAGGAUUAUUAUUGUUAUAGCAUGGGAGCCUGCAGCAAUGAACCCGAGGAACGUCCUGUGAAGCACCACGUAGCAGCACAGACCUGCCUGGAGGCCCGGAGCAGCGUGGCCGUCAACACAGAGGUCCACCAGCGUUUUGAGAGCAGCCCCGGUGGCAUUAACAACACAGAAAAGCACAGCAGGACAUUGAAGAAGCAGAUAGAUAAAAUAGAAUAUUGUGACAAGGUCAUUAUGGAAAACCAAGAAGACAUCUCUUCUCUUCAAAGUGACAUCGAGUGGAUCACUGCCACCAUACAAGUGACCGAUAUGGAGCUGGUGAUGUUUCAGCAGAAGCUGGAAGAGGAGGUUAAAAAGGACCAGAGGGAGAAGAAGGUGAACAAUGAGAUGCUGAAGACACUGAAGCUUGAGAAGGAAGAACUGGAAAAAGAACAUGAGCGUCUUUCCAUGAACAUCAAGAAGAAGCAAAACAACUAUGAAGUGAAGCUGUGUGAUUUCUUAGAGCUGAGUAACCAGUCUGCAGCAAAGAAGAUGAGGCUGGAGGAGGAGAUCAAGCAUUACAGUGACCUGGUUAUCUCAAGCAACAGAAGAUCUCAUGCAGCUCAGUUGUGUGUGUUGGAGAGCACCCAGGAGGAGCUGGUCUACAGUCUGAAGAGGGAGAUGAUGGCUGCUCAGGACUUGCUAACCAGACUCGAUGAGGUGGCACCCAGAUUCCAAAGUCAAGACCUGGACGUGACUCGAAACAGUUGCAGAAUCACUGUACAAGAAGUUAAGAAAAAAAUUGCUGCGGCUGAGGUUCAGUUCCAGGACCAGCUGGAUCAGGUGAAGAAGGGCAAGAGGAUGACCGAGUUACCUCCACUCAACGGUACCAACAUGCUUGAACCUGCAUUUUUGUCAGCGGGCUCUGGAGCUCCUCAGUCGUCAGUCCAGACCUGUUCCGGCAGCCCUGCUCUCAGCCAGCACUCUGCUUCGACUGCAGCUGCAGGAGAGGCGGAGCCUAAACCCAGCACCGUGUUUGAUAGGGCGAUGGACAGACUGACCUCUAUUUUCCCCGACUGUACAAGGACGGACUUGGUGAAGUUUGUUCAGGAGUUGCGUUCGUCCGCUGGUGGGAGCCUCAGCAGCCUGGCGUUGGAAGACGUGGUCAGCGGCGUGACCCAGCUGAUCCUCGAUCAACAGGAGAACCUUAAUUCUGGCACGGCACCCCAUUCUGUACCUCCAGCCCCCGUCUGGCAGCCCUUGGGUCCUCAAAGGUCAACACAUUCCAACGCACUGAAUGUGGAGGAUCCGUGCAUCAUCUGUCACGAUGACAUGAGUCCAGAGGACACGUGUGUGCUGGAGUGUCGGCACGGCUUCCACCGAGAGUGCAUCAGGUCGUGGCUGAAGGAGCAGAGCACAUGUCCAACCUGCAGGGACCAUGCCCUGCUGCCCGAGGACUUUCCCGCGCUCUGUGGAAGGAGGCGCAACGCCCUGUGAUGUCACACCUGCAGCCGCCAAAAUGGAACAUCUCUGAUGCUCAGCUUGCAAAUGAUUAUUUUUUAAAGGCCACGCAUUCGUUUCAAGAGCCAAGUUCUCAUUUUCUCUUGUUUUAUUUUCAGUGCUGUGAUUUGUGUAAAUCUGGUGUUUGUGAACAUUUUUACCUUCUGCUGGUGCACGUGGAAAGUAGCUUUAGCUGCUAACAUUAGCAUGGCUGGUCUGGCAUUGGCUGUUUGUGUCUGUAACUCCACCCCAUGUUGCUGUGGGAAAGUAACGUCAUCCAUGAUGCCGCUGCACAUUUAGCUGACAGGAAACACCGACGUGCAUGCCGCACAAAGCUAAUAUCUGUGUUUGUUCUUCAUGGCUCAGUUAAUAAUGUCUGAGGCGGAAUGAAAACGUUUCAAUAAAGUUCAACCGUGUUUUCUUU